AUGCGCUCUACCCUAGAAAACUUCCCCUACCCGCACUCUGAUGCAAUGCAGGCGGCUUUCCUGGCGGUGCUUUUGACAGUCCGGAAAGACGAACAGGGGCAGAUCUUACGGCCCUGGUUGGGCGAAUUGCUGGGCUCGAACGAAGCCUGGUAUGAAGAUGUGCUAAACGGGAUCUUUGGAGCGCAAGCACAUCAGAGGAGGCUCGACGAAAGAAUAUCCGCACCGGCGCGCGGUAUUGAUCCGCAGGGCAUCUCCGCUCAUGGGCUUCUGUCGGGCAGUCCCGGUGCUCAAAGGGAAUGCGCAUUCAAGGCGCCCCGGCGGGGUGAGGGGAGAGCCAACACACUGGCCAACCAACGAGUCCAGAGCGCGCCCGCAGCCCCUCCGUUCCCAACGAAUACUCCCGUGCAAUCGCCCUUCGUCAGCGCCCCGGUACCAAACCUCCCCCCGAGUAACCCGGUAGACGCGCCCCUGGGUCCGAAGAAGAGCUUCCCAGCUGUAUCCUGGGGGCAGCUUGGCUCUCCUCAAGUGAGCAAGACCUCGGCUUUCGGAACGACGGCCGUUCCUUCGCAGACGCUUUCAGUCGAGGGGGCAGGGGACCGGGACAAGGGUGCCCCAGGAAACGGCGGGUUGACACGUGGCGGAACAGGAGGAGGCUGUGGGCAGGUGGAUUCUGCUACAGAGAGGUGGAGUCCUUCCGGGAACAGAUGGCUAGUGACUGCAUCAGAGACAGCAACGCCCAGUGCCCCUGCGCCGCAAACAACAGUCUUUACUCCCGCAGUCGCAUCAAGCCCGCCUUUCGUCUGCGACUACCCGCCAAACACUUCCCCUUUCUCCGAACCCUUCGGCCUGAAAGAGUCCUUGGGGGGGGGCAGGUCUGAAGGGGUGCUGGUGACCCCCCAAGAAACGCUGAUAGACUUUUACAAGAGCGCUCAAGAGGCGCUCCAAGCCGGGCUGGGGGUUUUGGGAGCCAGGCCGGGGGCGAAUGAGCGUCCAACACGUAUCAAGAGGACAGCAGCGGAGCUGUGGGGUGAGGAGCCACAUCCGAAGAAGCGCUCAAAAGCUGCGGACUCGGGCGCGGGCGUGGGAGCGCGCGCCACUGACGAACCGGCCGCAGCGGAAGGGACGGGAGAGCUGGAUAAAUCUGUUGCGCCCGCCGCAGUCGCAACAGAAGUGGAACGGAACAGUGUGCCAGCGGGGAGUGGGGGAAAGGGCGACCGUGCAGGGAGAGAAGCAGUCGCAGCAGGCGCCCAGAUCGUUCCCCCAACCUCUGUUCUUUCCCUGAGCAAUCUACCGGCGACCUUUGCACCGGAGCCGUCUCCCGACGGAACGGACCCGGCCAAAAGCAGCGAUUCAGAGCCCUCCCGCGAAGACGAGGUCCCGAGUUCCGCUCCGCAAUCUUUAACAGAAGCAGCGGAUUCCAAGCCUCGGCAGAAGUAUCCGCCGUUUUCCCGGCAGGCCCUGUUCCAAGAGGAGCGCGCCGUGAUGAACGCCCUCUUGCGGGCCGUGCAUGCGCAGGGAGGCCCCAACAGGGCCCCCGUUCCUCUCUCCGCUGCUGGGCAGAGACUGCGCUCCAGUGGCCUAACCGUGUGGGGGAAACAUCCUAGGCCGUCCGUGAGAGCGCGCCAGCACCCCCUGUUCUUCAUCAUUCACACCAAGGCCGAUCCCGAGGGAAAGGACGUCCCUGCUGACGUCAGCCUGACGCAAUGGGGGUGGGAGGAGGCCGAACGGCUGCACCAGGAGGAGGAGGCCGCGAAGAUGACGUCAGCCGCGGCCGCGCCGCCGCUCGUCAGCUCGUUGGUGGGCGGCGGGGUCACUGUGGCGAGGCCGGUUGGCGAAACAGGCGGAGAAGGACUAGAGUGUAACUUCGCAGAAGAAGGCCCUGAAGGACCUCCAGAGGGUUUGCCGGGAGGACUUGAGAGGACGCAUGAGGUCGGGAAGGAGCCGCCAGGGGAAAAGUCAAAGGUACCCAGCUUCCAGGAGCCGGGGGCAUCGACCGGUGGUCUUGUCCAGGGAGGAGCGGACGGGAGAAGCGGGGAAGAAAGCGAGGGGGAGCCAAAGCUGAAGGACACCGCAAUGGCCCCCGAAUAUGCGGGACAAGAUAACGAAGGAGCCGGGAGUACCCUCACGUGA